AUUGUGGGGUUCCUUGAAAUGUUUGCAAUUUUCCCCAAUAGCAUGUUUCUUUUUCAUCAUGAAUGAAGUGCAGCCAACCGACUAGCUCUCCUAUGCUCUCCCUGAAACUCAGAUCCAGUUCUGUUUGUAGAAAACAAGCCAGUCUAUGGUCAUCAGACCCUACAUGUACCCAAUUCUCAUCUAAAGAAAAGUGAUCCUUCUUCACUCCCUGCAGACUCUGGUACCUGUGAGUGUCUGUCAGUCAAGCCCUAGGAACUAAUGAGUUCAGUGCCUCUUCUAGCCUCAUCAGCAUCACACUUCUACGGCUUGGGAUUUGGGUGCCUGCCUUCCAAUGGACAUCGUUAUCCACAAAAGAGAGAAAGCUGGACACACAUACCAAAAAGGAGAUGACCUGCUGGUUGGUGUGCCGAAGGAAGCCACAGUUCUUGGGACCAUCCAGAUACUAUGUGCCCUGAUGAUUGCAGGCUUGGGGGUCAUUUUGGUGUCAGUUUCCUACUCUCCCUACUUCAACCCAGCAGCCUCCACCACUUUGAUGUCCGGGUACCCAUUUGUUGGAUCCCUGUGUUUUGCCAUUGCUGGAUCUCUCUCAAUUAUCUCUGGGAAAACCUCAGUCAAACCCUUUGCACUGAGAAGUCUGGCCUCCAAUGCUGCAAGCUCUGUUGUUGCUGCAGCUGGCCUCUUCCUCCUCACCCACGGCCUCAUCACCCUGGGGACUGCCUCUCCACACUGUAAUUCAGAAAAGAAAUUUCUGUCCUUAUUACCUUCUCCGGAAUCCCACCAUUGGAUGAAUGAAGACAAGAACUGUCUCCUUGCUGAUGUCAGUGUCAUGAGUGGGCUGGUGGUGAUGCUCAUCUUCACUGUGCUGGAGCUUUUGCUAGCUGUCUACAGUUCUGUCUUUUGGUGGAAGCGAGUCUACUUCAACAAGCCUAUGGUAAGCAAAAUGCAUUUUUUCAUGUGUGAGUCACAAGAUCAUACACAACUUAUCAAAAGCAGUUUGUUGAGGCCAUGA